AUGGAUAAUUCAGAAUAUAAUUCGACAAAUUGGAUUUCUUGGAAUAAGUACCUAUUUACAAUUAACAAUUUAUUAUUCUAUGUAGGUUCUUAAAAAUAGGUUGAUAGGUACCUACUUACCUGACUAAUUUAUAUACAUAUUUUUUUUAAGUGAUUCUCUUAAAAUAAACAAAAAUGUGUUGGUACUUAUAUAAAAAAAUGUUUUAUUUUAAAUUUUAGAUGGACCUAUUGCAAGGGUUUAUGUGGUGAAACUGGCUACAUGUCAAAGCCCCUCAGUACUACAUCAAGUAGAGUAUUCUGUGAGUUUAAUAAUGAAUGGAGAACAUGUCAUAUUUUAGGAUGUACAAUAAACAAUUACACCAAAAAUUUUGAAGGAAAUGCACUUAGAACACAAGAAUUUAAUUAUAUGGAACAUUUUAGGAACAUUAAAAGUGUUAUUUUGGAUAAAUGUAUUUCAGAUUAUUGUGAUUAUAACACUGUAAAAAAAGAGUUUACAAAUAAUUAUGUUGGUUGAUCAUUUGAUAACUUUAAUGAAUUUGAACAAUUACUACAUAUAGUUUGUAAUUUAUAGGACAGAAUUUGGAAUGCAUUUUUAUGUGUUAAACAUAAUACAGGCUGUCCAGGUAAGUAUUUCAAAAAUAAUAAUUCUAUUUUAUAUCAAUAACUAUUAUAGGUAUGCAUUUUUAUGAUUUUCAAGUAAAAGGAGGCUGGAGUAAAUGGAGUAUUUGGUCAAAAUGUACUGCUACCUGCGGUUCUGGAAUUCAAUACCGUUUACGAUUUUGUGAUCAUCCUAAACCUUCUAGAUCAUCUCUUAGUUGUACUGGAAACUAUAUGGAACAUAAAAAUUGCUUUGGAAACUCCUGCAAAACUAAAAUAAGUAUCUAUCCACUUUACAAAUUUAUUUAAUUUUAAUAAUUUGUGGAAAGGAAUUGGAUUUGUUUAAAAUAGAUGGCACUUGGUGUAAAUGGUCAAAUUGGUCACAAUGCAGUGUCCGUCAGGGAAAUGGUAUUAUUAUACGUAAACGCUUUUGUCAACACAGUAAAAAUAGUUCUUACACAUCAUGUUUUGGACCACAUACUGAAAUUAGUCAAUGUUAUAUACCAGAUUGUAGAAUAUAUAUUUUCUUAUUCUACAUUUAAAAAAACAACAGUUUUAUGUUCAAUAUUUGUAUAUGUUGUAGUUGAUGGAGGAUGGUCUGAAUGGCAAAAAUGGAGUCCCUGUUCAGCAAAAUGUGACAAAGGCACUCGAUAUAGGAUGCGGAGUUGUAGUAGACCAGAACCUGAAGGAUUCGGACAACAUUGUACUGGAGAAUUUGUACAAACUAGCAACUGUCAUGUAGAACCUUGUAAAGGUAACAAAAAUUUGAAUAAAUCAUAAAACCCUACAUAUUAUCAUAUUUGAUCUACCUAUUUAAUAACUUUAUGUGAUUAUAAUAUCAUUUAAUAAUAUAUUAAUAUGUAGGUAAUUUUGAAUAUUAAUGUAGGACCACCAAUUAUGGUAGCUACAUUUGACAAACAAUCACAUCUAAAAUAUGCAGCUACAGAAAUAAAUACCACUUUAUUAUAUAUCACUAUACGAUUUUAUUCAUUUGAUGAUGUGUCUGGUACUAUACUGCGAAGAUUUAAUGAUGAUUGUGAAGAUUGCAAUAGUGUACAACUGAGCUUGAUCAAUUGCCGGUUAUUUUUAACAGUUGUUUUAGAUGGAUAUAAUAUUAUAUUGAUAAGUUCAUCAACUAUAAAUGUAAGAUGACUGAAAUAAAGUAUAAAAUAAUUUAAAAUUUGUUAUCACAAUGCAAAUACAUAAAUAUUGCUUAAUAUUUAUAUUAAUUUAUUAAAGUAAAUAAAUAUGUAAAUAAAAAAAUUAUAUAUAUAAAAAAAAAUAAAUAAAUGAAUCAAUGCGUUUUCAAUCAAAUCAGUUUUUAAUUUGUCUGGUGCAAAUUAUAUUUGGGUCAUAUGUUAAGUUUUGAAUAUUAUUAUUAUUAAUAAAAUCUAAAGUUUUUUUUAAGAAUUUUAUUAGUAUAAAUGAUAACAAUAGCAUUAGAUUUAUCCAUCGUAACUAUUUCUGAAUUAUUUGUUUUUAAUUUAUUCACUGUGUUGUUAAUAAUUGUUUUUUGUCGUUUAACUAUAUUAUUUUGUUUUAAUAUUUUAUCAGGAUUAUUUUUAUACGUAUAAUACAGUUAUCUUAAUACUUCAGGCGACGCAUUGAUUCAUUUAUUUAUUAGAUUUCGAGCAUAACGACGGAGCUAUUGGUUUUACUAAGAUGUUUAUUUUUCUAGUCUGUGGACAUAUUUUUCCUAGUAAACUUACUCCAAUUUUUACGUGUAGCAACUUUUCUGAAAGAUCAAGUUGUCUAGGUUGUAUGUUAAAAAAGUCAUUUUUUUUUAAUUUUCGACGCCAUUUUUUUUUAUUAAAACGCCACUUAAGUGUGAAAAAACGUAGAAAAACGUACAAUUUCAGGAUUUAAUUAUUUUAUAAAAACUCGGACGUUUUCUAUAAAAAAUGAUUUAAUCGAAAAAUCUGAAGAUACUUUUUUAUGAUAUCGUCGCCAAAACUUUUGAGCUUUUAAGGAAUUUUAAUUUUUGGGAGUUGUUUGCUGUAAUUCGGUUACAAAUAUACAUAGAAACUAGAAAAUAAUACUUAUAUUGGACUUACCUAGACGUGGUAAAAUUUUCAAAAUCGUCUGAUGAAUUUUUUUUAAUAAUCGUAGACAUUAUACAAUUUGGUAGGUAAAAUUUAAUGACGUUUUUUUAUUCAUAUUCAAUUUUUAAAAUAUAUUACUGUAAAUAUUUGGUAAUUUAAAAUUUGUUUAUUAAUAUAGUUAAACAGUAAGAGGUUAGGUUAGAACUAAACAAAUACGAUUUUUCACGAUUGCAUUUUAAAUAAGUACCUACAACGUUUUCUAACACAAAUAUGGCGCCAAUUGAAAAACGGUAAGAGACCAUAUUUUAGUUGAAUUUUUUUAAAUAAACGUUUUGAAAUCAAAUAUAAACGAAAAUCGCAAAAAAAAUUACUGCACUUCUAAUUACGUAUUACCGAACUGUGCUCGGAAUCGGCAAGCAAUGGUUUAUUGUUGCUUACAGAUAUAAAUGAAAUAACCUUAUGUAUCCUGUCUUCCUAAAUUCUCACCUACAACAGUGGCUGCUCCAAUCCCCAGUAUCAGCUAUUUUAUUUUUAUUUUAUUUAUUUCAUUUAUUUACGAGUAUUAACCAUUUCAAUAAUUUUGUUUUUACUUUAUUAUUUUAUCAUUGUAAGUUACCUAAUUAUUUAUUUUUAGAUUGGAUGGAAUGAAGUUUCAUUUGCUAUUACCAAAAAUUUAAUAAUACUACAAUUAAAUAAUGUUCAAAUUUCAAAAAAAGUUGAAUGUAUAUUGUCAACUUCAACUAUAAAUCUUGAUCAAGUGAUGAAUAUUGGAGAGGGUUUUGAAGGAUACAUUGAAAAACUUAAUGUUAACUUUAUAUCUUAUGCAUUAACAAUCAGCAGUAAAGUAAUAGUAACAAUUGUUUGCUUAUAUUUUUAUUUUGUGUAUAAUUAAUAUAUUUAGUUUUCAGAUAUGUAUUUACCAUAUGCAUCUUUUAACACUAUCUUUGAAUUAUCAGAAGAACAAUCAUAUUCAGAUUUAUCCAAAACAAUUCAAAUUCCAUGUUCAAUGUUAAGCAAUUUUUGGAAGGUUUUAAAGAAAAUUAAUAACACUGAUAUAUAUUUAUACAUUGUAAAUGUUUUAGUUGGAAAUGUAUUUGCGAUUUGAGCAUUUAGCCUGUGGUAAUGUAAUUUCAAUUAAAGCUAUCACAGAUUACAUGUUAGUAGACAUUUCUAAAGAUAUAAUAAAACUAAAGAUCAAACUAGAUGAUUACUUUGAUGAAGUGUCAUUAAAGUUUGAAGAGAUUGAUUCUUCUUGGAUUCAUAUGGAAAUUAAACAACAGAAAAAUAGCUGGUUUAUAGAAGUAAAUGGGGAAAAACGUACAUUGAUAAUUCCUACAGACAUAUUUAAUCCAAAUGAACUGUGUAAAAAUCAUUUAUAUAUUGGAAAUACUAAGGUCAAUACAUAUUAUUAUAUCUACCUAAUAUUCAUAAAUCAUAUUAAAUUAUUCAAUCUAAAUACAAUUACAUUAACAUAUUAAAGUUUCAAGAAGAACACAAUUUAACAAAACUCCGAGGAAUUAUUGGAUAUUUAAAACUAAAUGAUCAUAUUUUAAAUCCUAAUAAUUAUUUAAUUGACCACUUCAGUGAGUUCAAUAGUUUUUCACAUAAUAUGUCAGGUAUAUACAAGUAUUAUUUUAAUUAUUUUGUUCAUAUUUAUAAAUUGUAUUAUACAAUUUUGAUCAGAUAUGACUUACAAUGAAGUAACAAUGAUUAAUGAUAAAGAUGCAAUUGAAUUAAACUGUAUUAUCAAUUAUAAAUUUGAAUAUGAAGAUUUAAACAUUGUAUGGCUAAAAUCUAAUCAACUAAUUUUACAUAGAAUUAGUUGUAAUAAUAUGUAA